AUGUAUCCAGGUUCGCACCGAGCUUCCCGCGAAGGUCUCGGCUAUCAGCAUGAGACUUUCCUAGACCCUGGCAUUAGAAAGCAACCCGACUUAGAAAGAGAGUGGUGGGAAACUGAGCCCGCCAAUGAUGUGACUGCCAGCCCCAGGACUUCCCGCUUCAACAGCCACACCAUCUCUUAUGUCAUCUCUACACUCACCACUGCCUAUUCAUACCCUGUUUAUUGUUGGAUCGAGGAGUACAUGCUGCUCAUAACAAGGAAGAAGGGCCUUCUCCGCAAUCUAGACCCGGGUGUUGGCCUAGACUAUUCUUCGCAUCGGGAUCUCCCUAAUAGCAACGUACGUGUUGUUCCUGGUGAUAGUGAGCCGAGAUUGAUACCGGUCGACAAGCUGGGACUUGGGCCUACCAUCACAGUAAAACCCAUGAUUCAGUAUAGGCUUGUCAGCAGUUCAUUUUUGUGUGCAACACAAUUCCCAGUCGGUAUCAGCAGAUCUAAUUCGACUGUCAGGGAUACGGAUCUGGGGCAUCACAACCUAUCUGAAUUUUACAAUACAUCAGAUAAGCCCGUUGAAGGAAAUAGAUACUACGCAAGUGGUUGUGAUGCCUUCCCUGUACUCUCCAGCCUAAGCCACCUUCGAAGACUGGCCCUCGCUGCAGGUGAAUCUCACCCUAGCAAUUGCCCAUGCAGCAACGCGAGUCGACAGGACCAGGAGAUAGACAAAUAUGUGCUGUUUGGAAUGAAAGGGCAAGAAUUGCAAGACUACAAGCAAUUAGACUUACGCGUCUGCGAUGGACCCUGGCUCCUUCCAGGGACAUAUUGCUUUCGGUUGGCGCACAACCUGGACCCUACUGCCAAGAAACCCUCGUAG